AUGGCUCCUGUUGUUGGUUUAGUUGGUUUAGGGCUAUUUGAGCGUGGAUUUCCCAUGCUAGGAAAUUGUGUGGAAAUCAGGUUGACUAUGCUACUUUUAGUUAUUGGAGUUUCACAGUAUUUAAAGCACACAAGACUACUGAAAGAUGUUCCCAUUUUUGAGAGGUUCCCUGUAUUAAUAUGCAUAUCAAUUAUAUGGAUCUAUUCAAUCAUACUAAAAACUAGUGGAGCAUAUAGAAAUAGACCUAAUACAGCUCAAAUAAGUUGUAGAACAGAUAAAGCAAAUCUCACAUCCACUGCUCCAUGGCUGGCAAUUGCAGCUCCACCUCCUGCUUAUGUACUUUGCAGAGGCAUUAGAUGGCAGGGAAUAAGUGUGCUUCUAGAUGGUCUUUAUGGAACUGGAAUUGGAUCCAUAGUGUCAGUGUAUGAACCAUUUGCCAAUUUGGUGUUAUUAGAAUGA